CACCAAUUUGAGAUGAAACAGACAGAAAUUUCAUGCAUUCAUGAGGCUGCAUUUAACGACAAGGGGCAAAUUUUUCUUGGACUGACAAUGGCUGAAAAAAGGUUCACUCUAAAUGAUGUGUUGCAUCUUCUUGAAGAUGAUACAUACUUUCAAGAAGCUGAUGUGUUCAUGACUGGAGCAGAAGAUGCUACAAAAAGUGAUGAGGAUAGCGGGCAUAAAGACCUCGGAGGCAAUAUAAACAAAUUGACACGGAACCAACUUCGUGCUGAUAUGACUGUUUCUGUGCGAAGUGCCACCGGAUCAGUCUCAAACAUCACAGACACUAACCAUUCGAACACAUCGCAGGAUGCGGGUAGUGAUGUAGACUUUGUGUCCGAUGCAUCGGACACCACUAUUUACUAUGACGUUCAGAUCCCUGUGCAACAAAACCAGAAUGAGCAAAGGAUGCCCAACUUUCAUAGAAGGGCAAGAAGAACAUGGUUGUGCAAAAUGCAUGAAUCCUGUACAGGUUAAUCGCCAAGUAUCAUAACCAACUCAUGGAUCUUCUUGAUUUCAGGCGGGAAAUAUGCAAAGUUUAUUUUAUGCGGUAUUCCCAACGAGCUUUGCGUGGACGUCCGGUUGGGAGGGUAAUGCACAUUAAUUGCAGAGUACCGGCUGCUGUCAGGUAAGAAAGGCGCGACCACUACAUUGCGCCAAAUAAUACGCAGAGAAAGUGUGCCUUUUGUGGCGGAAAGUCAACCCUGAUCUGCGUGAAGUGUAAUGUUGGACUCCAUGACAGAUAUUUCAUAGCAUUUCUUCGCCAGUGAUAAGUGGAAAUAUAUAUUCCACAAUUCAUAGACAGGUGAUUAUUGAAUUGUCAUAAACAUGCAGAAAAACAUACAGUCAUGCAUAUUUUGAAGUAAAUGUGUCAUAACUAAACGAUGGAAUAUAUAUGAAUAUUGAUAUCGUAUGUGUCUGGCGUCCCAAAUUUGGUGCAUGACUAAAAUUGCAUAAAGCAAAAAUAUUCCAAUAGUAAAUAUCAGUAUAAAGUAGUUUAAUAGCAUUAUUAUAUAGUUCCUUACAGUUUCUAAUAUAAUUGCAAAUAGAAUAAUGUGGUCAUUAAUGGAUUAAUGUUUCUUUUUCUGAAUGUAAUACUUAUUUUAUUUUUUAAUACCGUUCUAUUGCAUCUUUUUCAUUGCAGCAAUGUUUCAUGACAUGUUAAAUACAUUUGUGUUUAUGUAAAUGCCAUGCCACCAAGUGUGUUAUUUAAUGUUUAAGAGAGAGAAAACACUCCUAAAUUGUGCGUGAUUAUUUUACUGUUUCUGAAUUUUCAUAAGACAGCUAAUAAACAUGCUGAAUUUAAA